AACAAUGGGUUGUUUUCCUGAUGAAUUCAUCAGUGAAUAAUGUUUAUAUUCUAUCUCACCUCUGCCCUUUAUUGUCUUGCAGUGAAGACGAGCUAACUGUUGAGAGUUGUAAAAUAGGUUGCAUCACGCGCAGUGAACGCAACACUGACGUGCGUGAAGUCACUCUGCGCCAGACUGAAUGGUGGCAGGCGGCUAGGCUAACUGAGGGAGAGAGCUGCCUUAGAUUCAACUUUGAAGGAUGUUUAGGGGCGCUCAAAUACUGACCUGGUCUUGUCCCACAAGAUCAUUGCUGCUAUUGAGAGAGUCCAACCUCUCUGCUUUCUCUGAGUACACUGGUGCUAUAUGGCAGGUUACAAGACAUGGGGUGGACAGUAAAAGAAGAUACAGAAGCAAGGAAGGAUUUUCCAUAGAGCCUGUUUCCUGUUCAACACAGCUUUCUUUACGUAGCUUGGACUGUGACAAUCGUCAUCUGAGAGAGGCUUCAUUUCAAAACCUUGUGUCCAAAGCCAUUUUAUCCAGCCAUCAUCACCCUCCUCAGGUUUCUACCUCUGCAAAAGCCAAACAAGCGUCUGAUCCUUGGAAAUGCACUGUAGUGGGAGAUUUAGGUCAAAACCACAAAGCUGUGAGCACUUACCAGGACUGUUUAACCAACACAACUUGCCUUCAGCUCUGGAGAAGGCCUUGGGACUUUUGCCAGGUUUCACUCCGUUUCACCAAUAACACUAAAUGUGACCUUCAAAGCCAUUUAUUUUGCAGACAGCACUUUGUCAGCCUUUUCCGCUUGUCAACACAUAUGCCACAGAUCUUAAACUAUUCUCACAGUAGACCACAAGCCUCCAGUCCCUUUCUUCAGCAAAUCCGAGCUAUUCAUCAGGCUGCCCCUCGUGUGGUAGAUGUCUGGAGAGACUGUCUAUCCCCGGAGAAUGAAAACAGGUGUCGACAGAGCCUGAGGCCCAACUUAAAGCUCUAUGAGUUGGACAAGGUGAAAAAAGGAGCAAGUCAGAGCCAAGGAAAGAACCAGGGGAGAUGGGCGUCCGUCCUGGUCUCUCUGUGCUCUGUUGAGGGGCAACCAGCGUUUCUCUUCACCCUCCGCUCCAGCACACUGAAGGGCAGACACAAGGGAGAUGUCAGCUUCGCAGGAGGGAAGAGUGAUCCGUCAGACAGAGAUGUGGUGGCCACGGCACUGAGGGAAGCCCGUGAGGAGCUGGGUAUUACUGUGGCAGCAGAGAGGGUCUGGGGCAUCCUGAAGCCUCUCAGGGACAUGUCAGGGAUGAUGAUCGCUCCUGUACUGGCUAACCUCGGUCCCUUAGAGGAGUUGUCCUUCAAACCAAACCCUGGAGAGGUCGAGGAGAUCUUCACUUUGUCCUUGUCUCAUUUAUGCAACCCCCAGAACUGUGGUUACACACACUUCCGCACCGGUGACAAGUAUGGAUACACACUCCCAGUGUUUCGUAAUGGGAAACAUCGAGUGUGGGGCCUGACUGCUGUCGCUUUAGACCAUACCCUGAAACUCAUUGUUCCUCCUUAGCUGUUCCACUUUAUAGUUUAUAGCUCUGAAGCACAUCUAUCGUGGGACUGAUAAAUUUGAUUAUGAGAAAUGUGCAAUCAAGCUUGGAGUAGCAAAAUCUUGCCAGAAAUCAGUGUGAAUACAGACGUUACAUAUAAAUAUAUAUUUAUAUAAAAUAUAUUUUUUUCCUUCCUUUUUAUAUUCUUUAAUUUUAAAUACUUACAAAUCCUCAUUUUAUUCAGCUCCAGGUCUUCUGUACCACCACUUACCACAACUUUUGCUGUAUGAGUUUCACUUGAAAGUGGUAUUUAUAUUUUUCAUGUUAUAUUUUAUCAUGCAGGCUCAGCGAAGCACAGCUGUAUUACAGUUCAUGAUUUCUGGUUUGAUUCAGCUCAUGUUUGUUUCCAAUUUUAUCUCAGACACUAUCAGAUCUGGACUGUUAAAAACACCUAAAUAACACAGGCACAUCAUAAUGUGUUGUGCUGAAGAACAAAGCAAGUAAAGAUGGUUUUAAAGGUAUUCUCUGUCUGUAUUGUUUAUUCUUUCUUCAUAGGCUAAUAUGUUUUUUAAAAGUUACAUGAUUUACAUGACAUCAAAGCAAUAAAUAGUGCAAAAUGUUCAUUUA